AGAUGGUGAAGAAGAUUCUGAUGACUCAGGUCACUUGUCAGAUGGGGAAAGCUACCCAGCAUCAGUCGGCACCAAAAAAUCUCGUCCAGUGUCUCUUCGAGACAUUGACUUAAAAGGAGGCGACAUUGACGCCACACUGUCAUUCACGAUAAAGAGUUUCCAGGCAAAUCAGUCAGAAGACGAAGACUUGGAUUCCCAGCAUCCAUUGAGUUUAUCCCAGCAUGCAUUGAGUGGUCUGCAGCAUGCACUGAGUGAUGAUGAGCAUGAUGAAGAUGAACAGAGUCAUAUUUCAGUGCCCCUAGAACCCAGUCCGCGGUCAGAAUCGUUAAAAUCUGGUAUCUCUGCAGCAAAUAAAUCUACCAAAUCGCAGAUGGAGAUUCUGGAGGAUCAUGCUGCUGCCUGUUGCGGCUGCAAUCUUAGAGCGGCCGUCCACUGGAAGAGAUCUGGCGAAAGAUGCCCAGGAUGCAGCACAGUUGUGGGCAAAAAUGUUGAGUGAGUUGUUCCAGCCUGAUGCAACACAACCAAACAGGACGAAGUCUGCUGAGGAAUGGCGUCGAAGAAACUCUCUAGAUUCACUGUGGAGUAUGGAAUCCAGUCUACCGGAGUAUGAGGGUCCAUGGCCUGGUAAACACAGAUCUAUGAAGCCCAGAAUACCACGUAAAAUUACACACAAGAGCAAUUCAGCAGAAGCAGCUGUCUCGUUACUUCGACAGAGUCUUAGGCACGCAGACCCUAGAUCUUUAAGGGCUGUCGAUUUCACCAAAGCCUCUGAUAUCUUAGAUGCAGAUGAAAUUGAAAAUGUUAUAAAGAGAGUUGCGGAUGAGAAUAAGAAAGCGAAGCUGGAAUCGGAACCAGAACCCGAGCAGUUAGAAACAGACCAAAAAUCAGAGGCAUCUGCCAGGUCAUUAAACUUGGAGGAGGCGAAAGCCGAUGAAAUUGAACCCGUAACGGCGGAUGUUCCAGUCUCAGACACACAAAGUGUUCACUCUCCGACUCCCUCUAUCAAGAGUGCUCGCAGCACUAAAAGUGCUAAGAGCAUUCAAGAGGCCUUUGGUGGCAUCAAAGAAGGCCAUAUUUAUCACCCAGCAAGUGGGGGUAGCGGCCGGGGUCCGCAGCAGUCCAUCCCUUCUGAGAGGGGAUCACACGAUGGCACAUUGGAUCUGGAUAUCACUCACUUUCGAACUGAUGUACCAGUAGCCCGAGACGAGGCAAGAAAAUCUGCUCGGUUGAUGAAGGGCGUUCCAGAAGAUAAUAAGGACCAAUUGAAAAAAUCUGCAGAAGCUGCAGCUAGGGUAGCAGCUGAAGAAGAGAGGAGGAAAGCAGAAGAGGAGGAGAAAAGAAAACAGGAACUGGCAAGCCGGAAAAGUUCCAAGAGUGAGAAAAGUAAAGGUUCAGCUGGAAGUAAAGAGGCAACCAAGAAAGAAUUUGUAGUUGGGAGGCCAAAAGAGAAACCACAAGAUGAAUUUUUACAGCCCAAACCCCUCUCUGCAAAGAAAACUGAAAAGAAAGAAGGUGUUCCUAAGAAGGAGAAACCCAAAAAGAAGAGCGUAUCUCCGAAGAAAGAAACAGGAAAGAAGAAAAAGGGAAAGAAAGAAAAGAAGGAUAAGGGGAAAGAUGAGGAAGCGCCAACGCCAUCAGAAGAAGUGAAGGAUGAGGAGCCUGAACCAGUAAAAGAAAUGACUCCUGUUCCUGUGGAAGAAGUGCCUGAGCCAGUAAUUGAGAAAAAAGUUUCUCCCACACCUCCCCCUGUGCCUAAAGAAAUAACGCCGGAACCGUCGCCGGAUGGUGAAGGUGAAGAAGAAGAGGAGGAAGAGGACAUCGAUGGCUCUGAACUAAGCUUUCUAGAUGAGGAAGACGACGACUAUGAUGAGGAUGCUGGUCCAGGUGGGCCAAGCAGGUCACAGGCUAAAGCUGCUAAAAGAGCGGCUGAGGCUGAAAAGAGGCGCCUCGCUGUGGAGAGAAAACUGGAAGAGGAACGUCGUCGACUAGAGGAGGAGGAGAGGAGAAAAGCUGAAGAGGAAAUGAUGGCUAAGAUGGCUGAGGAAGAACGAGCGGAGUAUGAGCUUAGGAAAAAACAAGAGGAAGAAGCAAGGAAAUUGAAAGAGAUGAUGGAACGUGCUCAACGAGAACUUGAAGCAAAACUAGCUCAAGAGGAAGCACAGAGAUUAGCCAGAGAGUUGGCACGGAAACAGAAAGAGUUGGAAGCGAGGUUGAUGUUCAAUAGAAGUUUACAGUCCGAAGCUCAUGGUUAUGAUCAUACACAGGAUAUCAAUCGAGCCUUCACAUGGUCGUAUUUUGAAUUACUUCAGUAUUUAGGUAUUGAGAUACCUGAAGCACUCAAACAUAAGGACUUUUAG